GUGGUAGUUGAGGCUCUUCUCUUCCACCAAGAAGGGUAGAUAAAUACAGGGACCCAAUAUUAUAGGCCAAUCCAGCUCUCUCUCUCUCUCUCCCUCUAGAUAAGCAGCAAACUUCACACAGGAUUCAAGAAGCUUCAAUUCUUCUUCUUUCUUUCUUUGCACAAACUUACACAAGAAAAGCCAAAAAAUUAAUGGCUCCUAUGCUGUUUGAUGACUCGUUGAAAAGAGAAGCUAAGCCAUCACUUAAAACCAGUAUGAAUAUGAUCACUACUAAGAAGGAAGUCAACAAGGGAGCUUGGACUGCUGAAGAAGAUAGAAAACUAGCUGAGGUUAUUGCAGCUCAUGGCCCUAAAAGAUGGAAGACCAUUGCAAUUAAAGCAGGCCUAAAUCGAUGCGGUAAGAGUUGCAGACUAAGAUGGAUGAAUUAUCUGAGACCAAAUAUCAAGAGGGGGAAUAUAUCUGAUCAAGAAGAAGACUUGAUACUUAGGCUACAUAAACUCCUAGGCAACAGGUGGUCUUUGAUAGCUGGAAGAUUACCAGGUCGAACAGAUAAUGAGAUAAAGAACUACUGGAAUUCUCAUUUGAGCAAGAAAAUAAAUCAGAAAGAGAAACAAAGUGGGGGGUCAACAAGAGAAGCCACUGUUAAUAAUCCUAAAGCUGAAAGAAUAGUUGCGGAGAAGGUCAAUGUACAAAUAGUUAAUGAAGAGAAUAAUAACACAUCAACAAGUACUGGAGGUGAAGACUCAAACAUUGGGUUCAAUGUGGAUGAGUUCUUUGAUUUCUCCAAUGAGGAUCCUCUAAACUUGGAAUGGAUGAGCAAAUUUCUGAGUUCUGAUGAGGGUUUUUCAGUAGAAUAAUGUGUAAACUUUGUUAAUUUUCUCUGCAAAAUUCUGAUGCAGUAAGUUAACUGCUAAUCAAUCUGUAUGUGCAUUAAUUCCGACACAUAAUCUAUAAAAUUUAUUAUCCUAGCCAGUAGUAUUAAAGCACUA